AUUGAAUUUGUGUGUCUCUCAGCCUCAGGUAGGAGUUGGAUUGGAGGAAGCGGAACAAUGGCCGAGGCGGCUCAAAUGGAGGACAAUUCGAAACCGCAGAGGCACGGAAGCGACAGCAAUGGUGAUCUCGCAUUGGAGAAUGGCAGCUCAGGCUAUGCUCAUGAUCAGCUUGUGCAGAUGGUCACGGAGCUCAAAUUCCAGAACGAAUUCCUCAAGUCUCAGAUUGAAGGCUUUCAGAGUGUGCAACCAGCAGAACCGAGUGAAGCCGGUGGUUCCGAAGAGGUUGAACGGCUCCGGCAGAGCAUUGAGUCAUUGAAUUCGCAGCUUGAGGAAGAGAAGCAAACACGAGCUGCGGCAGAAAAGGCUCUGAAGCACCUUAGAGAAGAACACUUGGAAGCUGAUUCAAGAGCACAGGACCUCUCUGCAAAGCUAGCUGAAGCUCAACAGAAGUUGGAUCAAGAAAUUAAAGAGCGUGAAGAGAAGUACUCUGAUCUUGACUCGAAAUUCACCAGGCUUCACAAACGAGCAAAGCAGCGUAUUCAAGAUGUUCAAAAGGAAAAAGAUGACAUUGAGGCUCGAUUUCGUGAAGUAAAUGAAAGAGCUGAGCGAGCAUUAUCCCAACAGUCAGCAUUGCAGCAAGAGCUUGACAAAACCAGGCAACAAGCAAACGAUGCACUGAAAGCAAUCGAUGCUGAGAGACAACAAUUAAGAAGUGCAAAUAAUAAACUACGAGACAACCUGGAGGAAUUGCGAAAUGCAUUGCAACCAAAAGAGAGUGCUAUCGAGGCACUGCAACAUACAAUUUCGGAGAAGGAUCAGGUAGGAAUGUGUAUGCUCAUCCUUUGAGCGAUUCAGUCUCUGCUUUCAUAACUUUAC